AUGGCAGAAGAGUAUGUUGACCUGGAAUUGAGGGAGAUUGAGCAAGACGAUGUACCAAGUCUUCUGGAAUUGCUCAGUCACCUAACUGAGGCCCCCGAGCUUAGCUCAUCGUCUAUGCGACGCAUCGCUGAUUUACGUCGUGAAGCGGGGAUAGUGACAAUGGUAUUUGUGCAUAAGCCAACCCGUAGAGUUGUCGGCACCGCGUCGCUUCUCGUUGAACCCAAAUUUACCAGAGGAGGAAGGUCCGUUGGACACAUUGAAGAUGUCGUUGUUGAUCCAGCAUACAGAGGAAAGAAGCUCGGUAAAGCAUUACUUAAGAGUCUUUGUGAUACUGCUCGUUCGAGAGGAUGUUACAAAGUUAUUCUUGAUUGUGCAGAAGGUUCAAUAGAAUAUUAUGAAAAGCUGGAUUUUCGAGUUUGUGAACGGCAGAUGAGGCUUGAUCUAUAG